GCCCCUUCGGAAUGCUGGCGACGUCAGCCGGGCUCUGCAAUUGACGGGGCCGCGCGCGCUGCUGCUGCAUUUGGUGCAAGAGGAGCCUGGGGAGCGCGAUCCGGAGAUGGCUUCCGCUACUGACUCCCGCUAUGGCCAGAAGGAGUCCUCGGAUCAGAACUUCGACUACAUGUUCAAGAUCCUGAUCAUCGGGAACAGCAGCGUGGGGAAGACCUCGUUCCUGUUCCGGUACGCUGAUGACUCCUUCACUCCUGCCUUCGUCAGCACCGUCGGCAUCGACUUCAAAGUCAAAACCAUCUACAGGAACGACAAGCGCAUCAAGCUGCAGAUCUGGGACACCGCAGGCCAGGAGAGGUACCGGACCAUCACUACUGCCUACUACCGGGGGGCCAUGGGCUUCAUCCUGAUGUACGACAUCACCAAUGAGGAGUCCUUCAAUGCCGUGCAGGACUGGUCAACCCAGAUCAAGACCUAUUCCUGGGAUAACGCACAGGUGCUACUGGUGGGUAACAAGUGCGACAUGGAGGAUGAGCGAGUUGUGGCAUCGGAGAGAGGGCGCCAGCUGGCAGAGCACCUGGGUUUUGAGUUCUUCGAAGCCAGCGCAAAGGACAAUAUCAAUGUCAAGCAGACGUUCGAACGGCUCGUCGACAUUAUCUGCGAGAAGAUGUCCGAGUCCCUAGACACGGCAGACCCAGCAGUGACUGGCGUGAAACCAGGGCCACAGCUGACUGACCAGCAAGCACCCCCCCACCAGGACUGUGCCUGUUAGAGACGGCAGUACGGCCCCCUCUGCCCGCCUUGGCCACGUCACCCUCCAAGUAACCGGUGCCCUAGUUAACACUCAGUUGUGCUCCCACUUCAACACCCCAGUCACUAGGUCUGGUGGGGUGGCCCAUAGUGAUGAGUUGUCUGUCCACUCUCACCUUGUAGGGUUUGAAAGGGCUCUGGCCACCCUUUCAGAGUCUGCAGGUUCCACGGGGUGUCACCCUUCCCUUUCUGCUCCCUCCAGUUUUCCAGCCUGGGAGGGUAGGAGAAACUUUUUUGUUGUUUGCUUUUAACUAGUUCCUGAUUGUGCCCCCUUAUUUAUAUAAAUUGUCUGUCGAGCUGGAAGUGCGGGGGUUAAUUGCAGAAUCCUGCAUUAACCAGCUGACUCAGCUUGGCCAAUGUGGUCAUUAGCUUCCUUCCUGCCUAGGUGGAUCCUUGCUGCUGGGUGGUGGGAGAAGCCCUGCUCAAGGGAGAGCAGCUUAAAGGACUAGAGUCCUCUUGGUGUAGCAUCUCCUGAUGCUCCUGAACAAACAGCCCUACCCCCUGGAACCAGAGACCUGCUCCCUUAGCUGUAGUGCUACUGAAAGGUGAUGCGUUGGGGUUGCAGUUCAGCCAGCCAGGGGCUAGGGGUGGAUGUGGAUUUUAACCUUGACAAUUCAGUCACUUACUAAAGGGUAUGUCUAGAUCCCAGUGAGGCACUAGUGCAGGUGGUUUGUCAGAGAUUUGUUCCAGGCCUGUCUUUACACCUCCCCUUAGCUUGUUCUCCUUGCUAGCUCAGAGGCCUUGGCUGGCUGGAAAGCCGCUUGACUUUCAUUCCUCUGCUGCUUUGUUCUCCCCCACCACGGAUGGCUAGUUCCUGACUAUUGUAUAAAUAGAUGCUAAUUUAUGCUCCUGCUGUCUUCCUCCUUGUACAUAAAAACAACCUUCCUGUAAAUAGAAGUAGCAAGUGACCAUUGUGUGACAUGCUGUGCUGUGGUUGAGCAGAUGUAUUUAUUUUAUCAGUGUGGUAUUAACCUGCUUGUGAAUAUCACUUUGAAAUCUAUUAUUU